UUUAUCCUUCUGAUGCCACAGGUUUCACCUUCCAUCUGGAAUCAUCCCCAAGCUCUAUGCUUGUUUCUUCCCAGAGGGCAACUCAUGGCUGGAAGAGGCGGCAGAGGGAGGGGCCGGGGAGGUCACAUGACCUUCAACGUUGAAGUCGUGGGCAUCGGAAAGGGAGAAGCCCUGCCCCCACCCACUCUGCAGCCCUCACCACUGUUUCCUCCCUUAGAAUAUAAACCAGUUCCCUUGCAAACUGGCGAAGAGGUAGAAUACAUGUUGGCCCUGAAGCAAGAACUGAGGGGAGCAAUGAAGAACCUGCCAUACUUCAUCAAACCCUCUGCGCCUAAGAAAGAUGUGGAGCGUUACUCUGACAAAUACCAGAUGUCCAGUCCUAUCGAUAACGCUAUUGAGUGGAGUCCAGACUGGAGACGGCUGCCUCAAGAAUUAAAAAUCAGGGUGCGGAAGAUUCGAAAGCAAAGAGCAACUGUCCUUCCCCCCAAGAAGAAAACUCAGCUGCCAGUAGACAAGGAGGAAGCCAUUAAGAAACUGGAGACUCUGGAAAAAAAGGAGGAGGAGGUAACAUCCGAAGAGGAAGAGGAGAAAGAAGAGGGUGAGGAAGGGAAAGAAGAAGAGGAAGAAGAAUACGAUGAGGAGGAAUAUGAAGAGGAGACAGAUUAUAUCAUGUCCUACUUUGACAACGGUGAAGAUUUUGGUGGCGAUAGUGACGACAACAUGGAUGAAGCCAUAUACUGAAUUAUGAUGGUGCCGUAGGGUUGCUGAGACAAGAUAUUCCCAUCAUGUGCCCAAAAUGACUCCUUUUCUGCCACCUCUGGGAGGCUUCUACACCUGACACACUUUGGGUGAUGUGGAACAGUUUCUACUGUCUUCACUGAGUCAUUUCCCAGGGGUUUUCCUCAACAUCUUGUUGUGUAUGUGGCCUCCAGGUGGCGCCAUCAGUCUGUUGUUCCAUCAGCCAUUUGGCUCGCCAGUCACUACUGGACCAGAGCCCAUCAAAAUAACCAGCAUACAUCUCUUCAUUUUCUCUCUUCCGUUGGAGAAACUGGACUGGAUCCCAUAGAAAUCCUACUUUUCUUUCAGUGCUGCCUUUUGGAAUGGAGAACAUUCCAGAAAGGAAACAGCAGUCUUCCAGAAGCCAGAACAUCACUAACACUGAGGGGAAACAGACUCAAAUAUUUCCUCUGGGAACCAAGGGUCAUCUCUUGAUUAAUUUGCAGCAAAACUUAUCACUUUACCCUCUCUGUCCUUAAGUGCAGUGAUUUUUCAUGACUGCUUUUUAGUAAUGUAGGGAUGCCAAGGAGGACUCUUUUAUUAAAGGAGGACUUUUAAUGCCACAGUUUUGAAAAACAAGUAUUUUCCCCAUGUUUCAGUGUUGUGAAUUUUGGCGGGGGGUGGGGUAUCAAGGGGGUUACCAGCAUUUUUCAAGAAUUGGGAAGAAUCUCCCACAAUCCUUCAGGGUUUGUGAUAGGAACCAUUCACCUAGUAUCAGCUUCUUGUACUGUUUAUGAGUAGACUGUCCUGCUGUACAAGGUGAAUGUGUGAGUUCUAAUUAGCUGCAGAUCUCUCGUUUUUUUUAAAAAAUAAAACACAUUGUUUUAAAAUGUGUUAGGAGAAA